GAGCCAUCAUUUCCCUGGAAUAUUCCACUGGUUUUGACAUUGAGCUGUAUCGGGACAGGAUACUCCAUGCUUUUCUGAGCCUGCCCAAGAAUGCAGGUGUUCAGAUGGCGAUAUCAAAGGUGCCCGGACCUCGCACUUUCCUGGGACUCUUACCACGCAGCUCUGCGUCCCUCAUCCAGAUUGUGCUCAUGGAUAACAGGACCGGGCCCCAGAGUGGCACUCAUGCUAAAGAGCUGGCUGAGGACCUCAUGAAUGAUAUAGCAGAACAUGGCGACUCCUUCGGCAUUGUGAGAGGCUCCUUGCAAGCCGCCACGGGCGAUAACUGGAGCGCUCAAGGAGCGGGGCCCCCUAGCAGUGGUACGACGGCUGGGCUGGUUAUUGGCUCGUUCCUCCUCCUCCUCCUCCUGCUUUUGGGAACCGCCCUGCUCCUCUACAAGAAAGGGGUAGUGAGAUCUUUCCCCUGUGCGCAUUUGCUGACCCGGUGGAAGCGGAUGGAUGACCUGGAUUCUUUGGGAGAAGCUGUGGACAGAGGCUUUGAUAAUCCAAUGUUCGACACGCCACCCAGCCUUGCGGCUUUGGAGGGUGCAUGUUCCACGGAGGAGACCCCACAGGAGAUGGGGAGCAAAAAUACCCGGGUUUAUUACAUUAAUCCUUUAUACGAUGAAACGGAACUUAGAGCUUAA